ACCACUAAUAUACACUAAAAAGUAGAUGCCGCUUUUAAAACGAAACUGGCCGAGCAAUCGGAAUCAUCACUCGGUUGUUUCCGCAGGGACGCCGUGUAGCACAUAUUGCGUAGGUAUAUUAUUGUGUGGCCGUUCUUCCUUGUGGUUGUCUGUCGGCGUUCAAAAUAUUCUACUUCCUCCAAGAAAAAUGCCACAGGUCACAGAUGAAGAACUUCGCAAAGAGAUCGAAAAGAUCUUGGCGAAGGCGGACCUAUCGAAAACCUCCACCAACAAAGUGAUACAGAAGUUGGAAGAGGUGUUCGAUACGGACUUGGCUAGCAAGAAGUCGACCAUAGACAAGAUCGUUCUCGACUAUGUGAACUCGCAACCCAGCUCUGAUGAGGAAGACGGCGGAGAUGAUGACGAGAAAGAUGAUGAUGAAGAAGAAGAAAAGGAAAAACGAAAACCUCCCAAGAGGGCUGCCAAGACCACACAGCCCGCCAAGAAGGCGCGCAAAGAAUCCCGCCGCAAAAAGGGCUCCUCCGAUGAAGAUGAAGACGAUAGCAACGAUAGCGAGUUCGAGGAGAAGAAGGCUAAGCCUAAGAAGGCAAAAGGCGGAAAAGGCGGAGGUCGCGGCAAAGGCAGCGGCUACACGCGCGCCUACAAACUAUCGCCAGCUCUCUCCGACCUCAUGGGUGCGGAAGAGAUGCCGCGACACGAGGUCGUAAAACGCAUGUGGGCUCUCAUCAAAGAGAAACAGCUGCACGACCCUAACAACAAGCAGUUCGCCAUAUGCGACGAAGCUCUAUACAAGGUCAUUGGCACCAAGAGAUUCCGCAUAUUUGGCAUGAUGAAGUACCUUAAGUCUCAUUUCAUCGACGAGUAGUCGUUUCAGCAUGAAACUACCUUUGAAACUUUUUAUUUCUUGUCCCUUUUCGCUCGC